AAUGCUUCUAGUCAGAAAAUUUUGACAAGAAAUCCUGAGCUUUUGAUAUCGGUAAGAUUCUAUGGAACUACAGCAUAUCUCAUAGACAAAAGUCUUAUACCAAUAGUUUUGUUCUGGAUUGACCCAGUUGUUGGAUAUAAUUUCAUAACAUAUGGUUCAUUCGAUACUGAACGUUGCAGUGAAGGCUUACUUUAUAUCGUUCAGAAACCGAAGGACUUCAAUACAAAGAGAUAUAAGAUAGGAAGAACAUUUAAUAUAACUAAAAGAUAUGACAGUACAGUCAAUAGAGUUAAGGUUGUGUUCGUUAACGAUAUGAGAGCUGCAGAAACAGAACUGCUUGAAGUUUUUGAGAAAAAGUAUGGUGCUCCCACGAAAGGUAAAGAAACGUUUGAAGUAGAUGAGAUAGAUAGUGCUAUAAAAUUAUUUGACGAAGUUGCUGAAAAAUACAUGUAA